UUCAGUAAAUUGCUCGUUGCUCUGGGUCCUUCCUGUUUUAUUUCGACAAACGAAAUUUAUCAGAUUUUUUUAAAUUUUCCAUCGGCCGUGGCUGCUUUUGUUAUCUUCUUUAUAGCAGAAUAGGUUCCUGUGAGCAGGAAAUACUAAAAUUGUCAUCAAUUAUGGUGUUGUAACAGUCUGCUCAUGCUAUGUGAUCUUAAUUUGUCUUCCUUAAUGAUGGCAAUAUCGCCUCAUUCUUCCUCACGGCGGGAGAGAUCUUCCCCAGAUUAUCGCCACGGAUCUUCUCGGUCACGACGGAACCGCAGCUCAUCAGACGAGCGGCCGCCAAGACGCGACGCUCCUGCUCGACGACGAAGUCGAACUCCCCCACGGGGUUGGGUUCCUCCAAGGAUUCCCAAAAACUCCAGAUUAUCCAGGUCCCCGGAGAGAUCGCGACGGCCUUCUUCGCGGUCAUCGUCUCCUGAUAGUGAAGAAGAGGACCGUCUCCGUUAUGAGCGAGAACGUCGGAAUCCAGUGGAUUCUGGCAGAAAUGAUCGAUGGUCCAGAAAAUCUCCAUCUGAUCAGCAUCACGGUUCCGGAGAUCGGCAGUGUUCACGUCGAUCGAAAAAUGUUUCCGAAGAGUACUGGAUCAGACGCAGACAAAUGCGAGACGAGAUUGGGACUACUGGUGCACAGUUUCUGUGGGCUUCGUCUCCGGUUCCGCCGAAAGAUUCGGACGACGAGUCAUUAGCUGCACUCAAAAGCGCCAGCAAAAGAAAAAUCCGCACGAGAAGUCUGUCCACAGAAAGAAAAAAGAAAAAGAAGCAUAAACACGGAAAGCAUAAAAAAUCCAAGAAGAAAAACAAGGAAAAGGACUCCGAACAGUCGGAUACCGAUAUUGGACCGGCAUGGGUUGCCAAGCCAGAAGCGGAAGCACCGGAUCCAUUGGCCAUGGCUUUUGUGGAACCAGACGAUAUUGGACCUGCUCCGCGCCCCAACCUUCUUGCUUCCGAUCCUCGGGCUUUUGGCAAAGCUCUCUUGCCGGGUGAAGGCGCUGCUAUGGCGGCCUUCGUGGCUGAAGGAAAAAGAAUUCCGCGCCGUGGUGAAAUAGGGUUGACAAGUGACGAGAUAACCUCAUACGAAAAUGUGGGAUAUGUCAUGAGUGGCAGCAGACAUCGCCGAAUGGAAGCGGUGCGUUUACGAAAAGAGAACCAAAUUUACAGUGCUGAUGAAAAGCGCGCUUUGGAAAUGUUCGACAAAGAAGAACGUCAAAAGCGUGAGAAUAAGAUUUUGUCGCAGUUUCGUGAGCUGGUGCGGAGCAAAACGUCCAAGAAUGAAUAGGAAUUCAGAUUCAUUCUUGUUUGUUUUAUUAUUUACAUCGUGUUACAUGGACCCACUGCUGACAUGUAUUACAUUCAACACGACAACACCAGAUAUACUUGCAGUUGCAAGUGACUGGAACGUGCAUCAUAUAACUGUAAUGGCCGCGUCCGCAACACAUGGUUUUACAGCUCUCUGGACCGCUGCUGGUGGCAUUGCAGAGUCGAUUUUUGGUGCCCAUAGACCCGAAUCGGUCGUCUGCAUUGCAGUAAUCUGGCGAUUUGGCUGUGUACAGUAGAGUAUCAGAUGUCGGUGCGGAUAUGAGUGGGAAUAAAGGCUCAAAACUGGCGCUGUUGCUCUGAUAACGAACCUGAAACGGAACAAUACUUUUUGAAAAAUACUGUGUUGUAGAGAAUAACAUCUUGCUGAGUGUGAUCUAAUGACGUUAUUUUGUUGUACUUUCACCAUUUUUACUCGUCUUAGUAACGGUUCG